AUGCUCGAGGUUCGGUGCUCUGGAACACCCUACGAGAUUGGGCACCAGCACGGGGCGUCAGCCAAAAAACAAGUCCAUGGAUCCCUGGCGUUCUACCGGCAGCUGUUCAAGUCCACAUGCUCCAUGGAGUGGGACGACGUGACUAGGGAGGCGGCCACCUAUGUGAACUCGUUGGAGAGUACGUGCCCACAGUACCUCGAUGAGCUUCGCGGCCUGGCUGCUGGUGCAGAAGCACCAUUCCUCGACAUCCUAGCCUUGAACGUGCGGACCGAGAUCACUUUUGGGUUGUUCACCGAGAAUGCCAAGGCAGACGUCAAGCUCGAUGGAUGCACGAGUCUAGGCUUCAAGAAGUCGACCGGUGAAUCAUACUUGUGCCAGAACUGGGAUUGGCAAGUCGAGCAGAGCCCCAACAUCUUUCUCUGUCGCGUGUCGCAGCCGGGCACUGGCCUUCCCGAUUUCGCCAUGGUGACGGAAGGAGGCCUCAUUGGAAAGAUUGGUAUGAACGCGAACGGCGUAGGAGUCUGCCUAAACGCCAUCCGCGCUCGGGGUUUGGACCGGUCCAAACUCCCUGUUCAUUUUGCGCUCCGGAAAGUGCUCGAGUCAUCAUCCAGGGCGGAGGCCAUACAGACCCUCAAGUCUCUCGGCGUGGCUGGGAGCGCUCACAUCCUUGUAUCCGAUGCGACUGGCUCAACGGGGCUAGAAUGCACGAGCAUUGGCAUCAAGGAGCUUCAGAUGGACGCCGAUGGCGUCGUUGUGCAUGCGAAUCACUUGCUCCUGGAUCAUCCUGGAGUGGACGAACCGGGAUGGCUGCCGGACUCGUCGUAUAGGGUCACUCGCUUACAGGCUCUGUUAAAACAGACCGAUCUCUCUGGACUCGACUUUGAUUCGUUCUUCGAACUGUUCAAGGACGAAGAUGGGUUUCCCGGGUCCAUCAACCGGUGUCAGCAGGAUGGAUGCGCAACACAAACACUAUUCACCAUCCUGAUGAAUCUUGCUGCAAAGAGGGCACUCAUUACAUUCGGAAGACCUAGCGCAUUCACAGAUAGGGUGGAGGUUGUGUUUUGA